GCUCAGUGUUAAAGAGGCGUCGGUGGAGGACGCAGUGGUUGACGACAAACUCUACGACGAGUGAAAAGAAACGGGCGCACGAGGGUGGUGCGGUUACAAAGGAGGGGGUGCGAAGCGAGAUAGGAGGAACGAAGCGCACACCGACGCCCGAACGAUCUUCCUACGAACGAACGAUCGACUGAGAUAUCAUUUUUAUUCAUUUAUUUAUUUCCGCUUUCCCAAUCCCCGCUCUGUUAUCCAAUCCCCCUUUCCCCGCUCUCCCUUCCUCGACUUCCCGUGUUCCCGUACGACGCAUUAUCUCUCACUAUCUCACCGUCAUAACUUUCGACGACACGAACAAACGAAACAUUGAACGAAUAACCGAUCCCUCGAGCUAUGGCAGCCACCGCCAUGGACCCGGUCGACAUUGCGAAUAUACUCGCGCAGGAAUUGCUUUAUCAGCAGCUGGUAUCUCUGGACGGAUUGCACAGCGGAGUGCCGACCAGGACGACGCCGACGCUGACGCCGACCACCCUCCGCAGCAUCGAGCAGACGUUCCUGGAGCUGACGAGCGAGUCGGCGUCGCACAGCCGCGAGGCCGGCUUCGUGCCGCCGCUGGUCGAACCGUCGCAGCCGACUCCGGCACAGACGCAAAACACAACGGCGAUACAUCUUCCGGCGCCGACGACCACCCUCAUCGAGACCCAGCAGCAGCAAACACAGCCGCAGCAACAACAACAGCAGCAGCAGCAACCAGUUAGACGCAAUAUGGGUGGCAGGCGGCCCACCAGAACGAUCGGGAUGAGCCCCGAGGAGGAAGAGAGGCGACAGAUCCGGCGCGAAAGGAACAAGAUGGCAGCGGCGAGAUGCCGCAAGCGAAGAAUGGAUCACACCAAUGCCCUACUCGAAGAAACCGAGGGCUUGGAACAAAAGAAACAGCACUUGCAGGACGAGAUCGAGAGCCUGAAACACGCCAGAGAUGAGUUGGAAUUUAUUUUGGAUGCUCACAGAGCGGUCUGUCGCCGUUCCCUACGCCCCUCGUCCCCGCUGGACAUAAAACCCGUGAUAAAGACCGAUCUUGCGGUCGAGGAUCAAUAUGCCGCCGAACCUGUGAAGGACGACACAACGGUGGCCGCGGCAACGAGACCGAAUAGACCUAAUUCAUUGCCGGUCGGAUUGGACAACAAUAAUAGACUGAAUUCCCUGACGAUGUUCGCGGAACCGAAAGGGAGACCGGACACCCUCGCUUUCAAGACGGUGGAGACACCGUCCUUUAUGAAGCCGUCGAUGGAUGUGGCCGGUAUGCCGAUCACCACUCCGACCAGCGGCAUACCGUUUAAUUUUGAGUCUCUAAUGGAAGGCGGUACCGGUCUCACGCCGGUCUCGACGCCCCUGAUACCGUCGUGCUCGACGCAACAGAGAAGCAAUCUUUCCGCCGUGGAUCUCAGCUCCCCGGAUGCGAAUCCCCCGAAGCUCGUGAGUUUAUGACGCCACGAUGACACGGUGGAGCACGGGUCCAACGAGGAGAACGAUCCCGAAUGAGAACGGGAGUACCAUGACGCGAAGAAUUUCUACAAGCGGGAGCAGAAGUAUUAUGCGCGUGCUCUUUACAACGAAAUUUUCAAUCGUUCUUAAAAGCUCUUUCACGCGAUUUUGCUUAUUAACAGCUGGCGCUUUUUCCUCUUCAAGCGUAUCUCUCUUUCAAAGUUUCAACGCGUGCUACACGUAGAAAAGAUGAAUUGUAUUUAGAUUUUGAUGGUCUGCGAAUACGUAUUUGAUUCUCAGUAUUUUCCUAUUUAUAGAUGAAUCUUGUCAAUCUGAAAUUGUAACUUUGUACAUAUAAAUGAAUAAUGUUCUUGUUACAAAUAUAAAUCGCAAGAGAAGGAGAGAUAUGUUUGAAGAGGAAAAGCGACAGCUGUUUGCGCCUUAAAAGAAAUUGUCGCAGAUAUGAGCAAUAAUGUCUGCACAGUGAUAUAAGUAUAUUUAACGUUUAAAAUAACGAAUUAGGAAUAAUGAAUGUAAGAUUUCGUCAUUUUGUAAGCGAUCCAAUGAGACAAGUGGAAUUUUAUACUAUAAUUCUAUUCUAUAUUGUAAAAAUAAAAAUUUUAAGACAAAACAAGAUUAAGCUCAAACUUCUAAGUACAUUAGGUACGCUAAGUCUUAAGAGCUCUUUGAAUUGCGCUAAGAUUAAUCAAGAACCGUUUGCAUAAUUCAAAUAUUUAAUAUUAUAAUAUUAAAUAUGGGCGAAUAAAUAAAAUUACACGAAUGCGAGAAUUCCUCAAUUUUAUCCAACAUUUUCUUUGCGACGUUAAAAAGAAAAUCUCGCUUUCGUGCUAUCCGCAUUUGGCAUAAAUUUUUAUACGCGGCUGUCGUUUUUCCAGUCUCACGCGACAUUAUAACAUUUAAUCCCUCCAUACGAUAUAAUAUAUAUAUAUAUUUUACGACGUAUGACAUUUUUGCAUGAUCUUAAGCAAUAUUAAUAUAUUUAUGCGCGACUGCUAGUUAUGAUGCGUGGAAGCUGUAAUGAUUUUCUGAUUGAACCCGUUAGCAAUUUUUUCUGCUCCGGCUGAUUACCAAGAGCUUUCCGUAUCAUACUUGGUGGUCGCAAUUGAGAAUUGUAUAUGGAGAUUGUAACGCACCAAUGAUAAUGUUGCAAUAUAUUUUGAUUAGAUUGAGUCAAUAAAACGAAGUGAAAUUGUACUUUCGGUAAUAUUA